GGACAACUGCGAAUGCUUUCUGGCUUCUGUAACACUUAUAAAAGAUUUGUCCACUUGUCUAUCGAAACAAAUAACCGAAUGGGCCUAGUUGUAAAAAACUAAUUAUGAUAAACAUACAAUAAAAAAAGUGUAUUUAACUAGCUUUCAUAACCAGGUCCUUCUCGCGUGUUGUAUCUGGAGGGCCGACCAUUUUUAACCAAGUACCUGAAUGGAGGUAAAAACCGAAAGACCUGACUAUCGACUAAAGCGAGAUGAAUUACUAUCGUUUCGGAACUUGAUAUCAAAAAGUAUUGCACAAUUGUCUUCUAUUAAUUAUGUGAAUCCACAACUAGAGUCAGCAUUACAGCAAUUGUCAGAAAGGAAUUUCAAAAAUGAAAAAGAAACUCGAGACCAGUUGCCUUUUGAAGCGUUCUCAGACUUAAUCUGGACAAAUGGCUCUAUUUUGCACGAAUUGUCUAUUUUAACAAAUCAUAUUGAAUCCAUGAAAGAGUCUUUUUCGUCAUUCUCAAAUUCCGUUGACUCUUAUGAUUCUCAUUGGAAUACUAAAUCCAAGGCCGCCAUGGAAUUGUAUAGCAAAUACCAAUCCUUUGAAGCUGAGAAGAAACACGUUCAUGAUAAACUCAAAUGCAUUGAAUAUUUCGAAAAAAAUUUUCUAAUUUCGGAUGAAGAUUUAAUUCAUUUAACUUCUCAAAAUGAUGUUGAUGAUCGCUUUUAUCUAAUUCUUGAGAAAGCCCAGUCCAUUCACGAUAAUACAAACUCUCUUUUUACUCCCGUCAGCGAGUUCCUUAAUUAUGAAUCUCUUGAAGGAAUCAUAAAGAAUAUGUCAAGGCAUAUUGAUAUUGGUUACACUAAGCUGUACAGAUUUGUAGAGCUUGAACUCAAGAACCCUCGAGUAAUUCAAACUAUGGAAACCAACCCGGAAAUUAAACGAGCGAUAACAAAACUUUUGUCUGAACACACGACAAUUAACAAAACGAUAAACCUGAUUACUCAGGUACGACAACAGAACCUUCAUUCGGCAUAUGUUACUGCUUUAACAAAAGGUGAUGCACUUUCUUCCUCAAAACCAAUUGAACUUUCAGCCCCAGAUACUAUGCGCUUUGUAGGUGAUCUUUUAGCUUGGACUCAUCAAACGAUUGUAAAUGAAAUAGAGUUGAUUGAUUCUUUACUUGCUGCUAGAAGACAACAAGUACGGAGUCAUCCGGUGUCCCCUUGGGAUACACCUAGUGCUGUACAAGAACAAUCAAUAAAUUUACUAGAUGGAAGUUUGUAUGGUAUUUGCCGUCCUUUGCUAUCGCGGGCGCAAACCUCAGUACUCGAUUUAGCUGAUACCAUCCGUUUAUAUAACUUAAUCGAGCUGCUUGGAUUCUAUCAAGAAGCAUUUUCGAAAAUCGUUCAUGAGAAUUGCAUAAUUUUGAAAAUACUGAAGACAAUUGAAGAUUUUACUUAUCAGAGAAUGAAAACAGUUAUUGACGAUGAGUUAUAUGCUAUUUCGUCCUCACUGCCUAAAGUCACUGACGAUUUACUACCGCCAGACUUUGUAACCAGCUUUCUUCGGGAUUCAAAUUCUGUAUUCAAAAUUCGGAACACGUCUCUAAGUUCAUCAGGAGUAGAUGAGGAGCAAUUCAUUACAAUCUUCUCUGAUUUGUUUGAAAAAGUGUUUCAAAUUUGUUUAACUAUGGUUAAGGAUCAAUUAUCCUUUCACAAAUAUGUAAUUUAUCUACUGAACAUUUUAGACAGCUGUCUUACUUACCUAAGGCGCUACAAAUUCCUCGCUCCUAUACGAGAAAGCUUUGAAAACAAAGAAAAUGAAUAUGUUGAAAAGCUGGUAGAAUUGAUAUAUCAGACUUAUCUAACUGAAUCUGGUCUUUCGGAUAUCAUCAACUUUAUAAAGGACAAGGACGAUAAGGAAGAACUAAAUGCUAUUUCAUCUGCCCCUUGGGAUGAACAUGUCUCAAGAUUCAAUUCUUUUGUUACUAUAACCAUCUCAGAAAUAAUCGCGGAUCUUCAACUUCUUACAGCUCCACUAAUAAUGGAACAGGUGAUGAAAAGAACAGCAAAAACAUUUAUUCAAUCGUUUCAACAAUUCACUCAAAGGGUUCAGCCUAUAGUUGGAUACGUGUGGCCUUUAUCAACCGAGGAAUUGAAAAUUGCCAUGAACAUAGAUUCAGCUCUCGAUUUUUAACUUAACAAGCCAUGACCACAAUAUAAUAGAUGAACAUAACUGUACACUUAUUUAGUUGUAAUUGAUUACAUCA